AGACAACCCUUUCCCGGCCCCUCCCUGCCCAAGGGAGGCCUCCGCUCUCCACCAUCCCCCUUUUUCUUUCCGAAAAGGUCCACUCACCGGCCCACCGGAAGUAGAAAGCAGGCAGAGAACGCGUUCCACCCUCGGCUCCGCUUCUAUGACUAAGGGACGAUCAUAGAGGCUACUUCGCCGCCUAGCGAGGCCAAUUUCAGACAGCACGGGGUCAGUCACGUGACUAGGGGAGCGUUCUGGGCCGCCAUUGCUUUGUGGGGGUGACGCUGUGAGGGGCGACAAUCACCAGCCAGCCGUAGACCUCGAGUGUGUUGUGAAGGACGGGCUUCCGGAAAGGCGGUAGGAGUGUUCUCUGCAGAAGCAUCUCGAAGCUGACAAACUCUCAGUGCAGAGAGGGUACCCGUGGCUCCCUCGCAGGAUUUUCGCCGUUUGGAGCGCGAGCGUUAGCACGCCCCUCCCCCAUAGCUCUGGGGGCUUUCAUUUGGAGAUGAGUUACACAAUCCAAUCCACUUGACUCUUUUCAGCCAUGAGCAUCAGAGUCUGCUGACCGGGGUCGGAGUUUCUACAACAGCUUAGAGUAGAGCUAUCAUGGUAAAAUACUGUGCAGCGUAUAACUGCAGCAAUUCGGACACAACGUUAAAUCGCAAACAGGGAAUAACUUUCCAUAGGUUUCCAAAGGAUAACAAAAGAAAGCAAGAGUGGGCCCAAGCACUAUGCCGUGUGGACCCUUUGAGUGGCAAUCUUUGGACUCCAUCUGUAUGGGACAUGAUAUGUUCCCAGCAUUUCACCCCUGAAUGCUUUCGGGAAAUAAAUGGGAAGAAGUUUCUCAAGGAAGGAAGUUGUCCUUCUGUGUUUUCUUUUCCGGAUGACUGUAAGAAAACAAAUACUCCAAAGAAAAGAAGAAAGAACUCCAAAUAUGUGAGAACAUUUGGUGUCCCACUUUUCCAGGAGGAGUCCAGUAACAAUGGGACGCGCAGUGAGCAGACAACACCAGAGAUCUUGAGUAACAGAUCACAAGAUUCACUUGAGAACAUCAGUGAGGGUGAAGUGGAGCAAUGUAGCUCUUCUCCAGAAAUAAACCCUACUGCAGAGUGUAAUGCAAGGGACAGGCUUAUGACUGAGCACCAUUACCAUAUCACAGAUAGCCCCAAAACUUUGAAAAGGAAGCUGGAUGAACUACUGAUGGAGAAUGACAACCUGAGGAGAAGACUAAGGAACACAUCUUUUGAAGAACAGAUACUCCAUAAAAAUUUGGAUGUUUCACUGGACAAUAAGCAUUCCAAGUCUUUGCUGAGGGAAACGACAUGACUGAUUAUGAAUGGAGGCCAUGAUGACCUUAGACAAUGGAGGGUGUUCUUACUCCCAGGAAACUUCUGUCAUCUACUUUCAUUAAUGGAAUACUAUUCAAGUAUGCCACUUCUGAGUACCUGUUUACAUUCAUAUGACCAAAUUUAGCCACCCAGUCUCUUUUAAACAUCUCGGUCAAAUGCUAUACCUAAGUGUGCUCAACUAUCAAAUGGUGCUCUAAUGGAGCAAGAUUGUUGUUUACCAUGCUAACCUUAAGCAUUCUGAAAAGUACAACAGGAACAAUUCACCGUAUUUUGAUUGCCUGCAUUUCCUAUUACUUAAAUAUUCUUACAUGAUGGUGCAUAGGCAAGCAUGCAGUUAAAACUAUCUAGUUACAUACAUGUAUUUUUCAGACUUUUCAGUUCUAGGCUGUCUAUAUAAAGUGCAGCAACAUUUGAUAGCAUUUGAUUGCAGUUGCCACAUUAACAGACUUUCUUUGACAGUCUUGUUUUAUUCAUUGCCCUCCCUCACAUCAUUUUAAACUGAUUUAUGAACAGAGGUCUAACCACAGUGAAAACUUACUGGUAUAAAGAGGGCAUUUAUUAUGUCAGUACAUACGAUGGGUUGGAAUAGCAUAGUGUGAAACACUGGGAUUUAUUUUGCCAUGGGUCAGUUGUGAAGGCUGUUGUUGCAUAAUUCUCUUCCUUAAUAGAUCUGGAUGCAUUCUGAUUCAAUGUGUUUAGAUAUAUUUCUAGCACUGUGUAGUACUUUCUGAGAUAGCUAAAAUAGAUGUAAUUCCAAGUCUGAAAACUAGUUAGUGGUAUUGGACUAACAAGAUGAGACAGACUGAAAUACAGAUUUAUUACUGAAAA